AUGAACACCAGUGCCCACCCUGCCGGGCUCUACCAAUCCUCCCCCUUGAGCAGCAGCUCCUCGACACUCCGGCCGCGUGCUCCUCGUUUGAUCUCCUACGUCGAAGAUGAUACCACGGUCGAGACCACGGCCAUCUCCACAUCCUCCUUGUCCACCCCGCCACGGUUUCCGAGCAGAGGCGUCUCCCCGAACACCGGUGGCAGUCGAACCAGAUCUACGGACGACCAACGAGAUGGUGGCGGGGCAAAUAAUCCCCGUAACAGAACUGCCUCAGACGCGUCAAAAGCCUCCGCAGGAAGAGCAAGAGCAGGAGGGAGUCAAGGCCUAUGGGAGUCAUGGUCGUCAAUCCAAGGUCUGGCUUCGACACUUUUGGGAGAUGUCCACAGCCCAUCCAAGGACAAAACGGACAAGCCAUUCAAGACGCCCGUCUGGAUGAAGCAGGAUAAGCGGUAUGGUCCUAAACGACCGACUGCGCAAUGGGGCCCCAGCUCCGAGCCUUCGACGGUGGAGGCUGCCAUUACAGUCCCGGGAGCAAUCGAGGAGCGACAAGCCAUGGUGCAAGCAAAGAAGAGGGAGGUGUUAUUGCUAGCUAGUGCGUCAGAAAGCCGUGAUGGCUCUGGACGAUACAAGAGAAGAGAUUCCGAUGCGGGCUUGUCCUCUACCAACGCAAACGGCCUGGCCGACUCGGAUGCCGACGCCCUCGUUUACCUACACAAAGUCCAGAAAAAUGACACUCUGGCUGGCGUCGUUAUCAAAUACAACUGUCAAGCCGAGGUUUUCCGGAAGAUCAAUCGAUUCUGGCCCAACGACAAUAUCCAAACAAGGAGUCACGUCGUGAUACCGCUGGAAGGGUGUACGGUAAGGGGCAGAAAGGUCGACAGUCCCUACUUGUCCAAAGAGAUGUUCGAUUCUGGCUUCGGGCUGGACCAGUUGAGCCUCCGCGCCGCACCUGCUUCAUCACCAGCGGAAAGUGGCUCAUCCGCUGCUGUGAAUGGGACACAUGUACCUGUGCAAGGCAAUUCCGCGACCUUAUCGACUAGUUUCACCUCCAACCCCUCGUCCCUCAUUACAUCCAUGUCUCAAGAGACAGAAUUCAGACACGAUUCCUGGGUCAUGCUACCCAAUUUCAAAGAGGCAGUAGAGAUUGUGCGCGUCCCGCGUCGCGCCUUGGGCUACUUCCCUCGCCCCCGGCGAAAAUCAAACGCAACGCUCACCGACGCUUCUACUCCCUCCACGCCCAAGACCUCAUUCGACAUGCUCCGUCAUCCACCGACUCAUGCAGCGCAGACCACAGCAUCCUUGAAUACCUCCCCGGUCCGCCGGCCUGGAGUGACGUCCCGACUUAGCUCCACCUCCAGCCGGCAACGCUCGUCCAGCGUCACAGGCGGGUCCUUUGCCGAAGCCCUUCGAGGCCCCGGCGGGGUGGGAAACCUGCGCGGCCUGCGCACCGAAGCUGCCCGUCCAGGGCCCGCGGAGGACCCUCUCAACCGCCAAUUCGCCCAGUAUCUGCCCGACCUGCUUCCCCCUUUGCAACAAACACCACCAUUGCGGUCUGGCUUCAGUCUGCGUCUUCCGACCCCGCGGGCCGCUACGCCACGCGCAAGCACGGACUCGAUGCGGAGCACACGGUCAAACUCGAAUGGCUCCGGCCUGGGCGAGGUGGGAGGCGCGAUCGAAGGGUGGGUGAGGAAGAUCGCUGGAGCAAAGAGCCACAGAGGCGCGACCGUCGACAAGAUGGGCGAUCUGAUCGAGUUGGAAACCAACACUGAAGACACCUCAGGCCUGGACUCGAACGGGGAUGGUAGCAGCACAGGCGGAAAUGGCCAGAUUGCUGCAGCAAACCCCGAUAUGGACACUAUUACGUUGGCUCAGAAGGCCACCAUGACAGCAUCGGCAUCAACGUCUGCGUCAGUGUCAGCGACCGAAGAAGCAUUGUUGAAUGAACGCUUCCCCAUGCGCGGCCGGUUGAGGAAUGCGAAUGCGUACUCGAGAAUGGAUUCAUCUUCAGGAAAAGACAAAAAUGCCUGA